UACUUUUCACUUUGGAUUGCGAGUUUCAUUGCCGUCUGAAGUCGGACAGGCAACGAUUCUUUUCUUGCAAUCCGUUUUUUGGAGCUUCUUCUUUCCGGAAUCUCUCCAACUGUUCGAUUGUGAGUCGUUGUAACGAUGGAGAGGAGGAGCCCCGUGAGCGGGUUUCUCCCCAUUCUCCUGCUGUGUCUACUGUUGAUAGCCAUAUCGUGUGCAAACGAGAAUGAGCAAGAAGCAAGCCUCAGCAGGAGCAAGCGACAAACGUCAUUAGUAUGGCCAUCGCAGCAGUACGCAGCGCCCCUUCACUGCUACAAUGCACUCAUGUUGCGCCUGCCGGCUGUCAGUCCGACUGGCGCCGCCGAUUCGUUCCUUGUCGUCGAGUAUCGCAUGGCCAGCCCGCCCGGCCCAUGGCAGGUGCGCACGACGCCGUUCUCGACCCGAUUCUUCCGGUUGGACGGGCUGCAGGCGUUCACGGCAUACGAUGUGCGCUUUGCUGAGCGUACGUUGCAGCAACAACAGUCAGCGUACAGUAACACUCUCCAACUGACAACCAACCAACCACAGCAAUACUGUUGGCGCGAAGACAGCUGGGUGGAGUCCAAAACUACAGCCAAUUCCAUCACGGUUCAGCUUCACCCAGUGGGACAGCCCAUAGUCAAUACUACAGUGCAAGGUCUCUUUCUUCAGUAUUAUUUCGACAGGAAUGGUGACGGUGACAUCACCAGGGAUGAGCGUAACAACGACGGAUACCAGCGAGCUCCCUACGCCUCCGAGCAUGAGAUCAUCGGCCUCCGGCCGGACACUCAGUAUCGACUCAACGCACCCGUCUACUUCAACCCGCCGCAGUCCCCAGUACAGACUCUGGGCUUGUUUGUUCGGACCCUUGCACCAGAUUCCCCUGUGUGGCGCAAGCCAGCGUACAAUGUCAGCUCCCUGUCACCGACAGGUGUUGAUAUUUUCGUUCCCACUAUGCCCGCGCACUUUCCACGCUACGUGAUUGAUCAGCGAUACUUGCAGUCGGAUGGCACCUGGACAGCUUGGUCCAGACUUGGAGGGCUCUCGCUGCGAGGUUCUGUCCGUUCUCUGACUUCCUUGAUUCCAGAUCGCCGCUACCAAGUCCGUGCGCGAGGAUUCAUUUCUGUAUCAAACAUGUCAGCCUGGGGCGCCCCGCUCACAAUCCAGCCUAGAACCGACAGAACUCUUGUCUGGCGCUGGGAUAGUCUCAGAAUCAACGAGAUGGAUCCUACGGCCCUGAGCUUCUACUUUCCGCGAGCACUUCUGCCCAGCAUACGGAAUGAUGUCGUCACUUACGGUGUGGACUAUCGGAGAGUUGUUAUCACCGCACGGAGAGUACGGCUAGGCGGCCGUUCCAUCCUUUUUUACCGACACGAUGCAAGCGCAUGGCAGACGAUCACCGUCCCAUCUGAGCCCGACUGGUUCACAGUCCCCGAUGCCAUAUCUGCAGCGACGUAUGAUGUGCGCGCCAUCGGCCUGGAUGCGCUGGGCGAGCCAGUUACGGAGUUGUCCGCCGUGUUUCGUACUGCACCUGCACCCACCUGGGGGAGCAACCCUGUUGAUUUUCUUCGCAAGACCCAGACCCGUGCCGUCCUGCGGCUGCCAGCAUUCAGCAGUACCGAUGCCACACGUAUGCUGGUUCGCUACCGCCCUGUGUCCGGCGCAGGCGACGGUGACUGGGCGAUCAUAUCGAUAGAUGCUCCCGGUCAGCCGGAGCUCUUGCUAGCCAACCUGACGGGCGAUACGGAGUACGAGGUGACUGCCCAGUUUCUCGUCGGCGAAAAGCCACUUUCACUGCCGUCGUCUGCUCUUAAGUUCAGCACACUCUCAAACGCUGUACCUGCGUUUCCGGAUCAGGCCGCAGCUGACUACCUUAAUGGCCCCAGUCGAGUUGGCCUGGUCGUUCCGGGCACAUCGGAACAGGACGUCAGUAUCCGCUACCGUUACAAGCCUCAGGACAGUGACACUCCGUACUCUACCUGGCAGGUCAUUACGAUUCGCUCGGAACAGACGCAGGCAGAAGUGUCCACUGUGGUGAUCACCAGCCUCCCAGCCAGCAGUGAUGUUCAGGCACAGCUGAUCAAUCGAACGGACAGUGGCGAAACGCUUGAGGGCGGCACGGUCCAGAGACAAACAUCGGCAGCUGGAACACCGGUGUGGCCUCGGCCUCCGGUUUCUAAUUUAACUACAACAUCUGCCGUUCUCAAUCUGCCAACGCUGCCUGGUGCUACUCUACCUUAUUUGGAGUAUCGCUUUGCUAACGCGGAUAACAACUAUGAAGGACAGGCAUGGCAGCGUCGUGAGAUUCAGGAUGGUCGCCGUCAGGCCACGCUUGACAAUCUGCGACCAGGUUCUAUUGUUCAGGCAAGAGCUCAGUACAGAAUUCAGACCGGCCUGUCGGCAUUCUCGCCUCCGCUCACGUUCGUCGUGCCCUUUCCCACAUCAUUUACCAUCCAAGCUUUCGGUGGCGGACCAUCUACCAUGUAUCGAGUAACUGCUGCAAAGCUGGGAACUGGUGAGGGAGGCUCCUCUGCUUGGAAUGUGUUGAGCACAACUGACCUGCAGGGAUCCGAGUUCCCACACACCAUCACCGGGCUGAGCCGUGGCUUUCACUCAUUUCGGGUCGAUGAGAUCUCCACCGUGGAGCCCUGCACCCGAACCACCAUCUUCACUCUCCAAUCAAGCAAUGGCUAUCAAGGUACCACCGUAGUGCCAGACUGGCAAACUGCAGCCCGUCCGAUCAUUUCCAGUGUCGGAGUCACAUUCGGCGUGAGCCGUGCGAACGUCAGCGCUCCAGUAUUGCCGGUGCAACCAACGGUUGACCAGCUGUAUGUGAUGGAAUACCGAGCUGCAACAGGCAAUGCUGACUGGAUUAGAUUGAGAGUGAGCAGUUCCCCUGUGCCAAUACCGGAAGAUCUCGCUGAUGGUGUGUAUGAAGUUCGUUUUGGCCUUACCAAUGCGGAGGGGAGCACGUCAUCUUUCAACUACGCACAUCAGUUCUGCGUGCAGAGCAGAGUGCUCUCACCCAUCAUACCUGGCGACUUCAUCCAGCAUUCGUACAUAUUGAGCUGUUUCAGUCGCAUCACGGCGACUCUUCCCACCUUUGCUACGGAUGCCGAGAGGCAAGCGUUGUCCGGCUGGAUACUGAGCUGGGGCAAUGUAGGCCGCUCCAACAGGAUAGCUCGAGCUCCCAUUGCUGCCACAUCUGUGUUGCUGGCUCCAUUCGUGGGCGAUGGUCAGUAUGAAGUCAGCUACUUUGGAACCCUUGUGGGAGGUGAUCGGGUUCGAUUCAGCAAUCCCAUCCCGUUUGAAGUGCGAGGCCUUGGAUCGAUGGUUGUGGCGUUCAACCAAAGGGACUCCACAGUUCCCGAGUACACACUGCGUGUGUAUGCAUUCGACCCGAGCCGAAAUGACUUUGACGUCUUCUUCCAGCAAGGUGGCCUUGCCGCUGGGGACUUUCCCUACACCGUGUACAACACAACCUGUGGCCAUUAUGUUAGCACUGUGGAUGCUAGGGAUAGUAGUGGUGGAGUACGGACGGUGUUCACGCUCUUUCUAAGCCAGUCUGUAUCAGUGGCACCCACCCUUUUACAGUAUCCCGGUAAUAUGGUGCAAGUGAUGCUGGGCACGGUACAAAUCAAUCUGCCACAGCUGACUCCAGAGCAGCUGGCCAUGUACAACAGGUUCAUACUGCGCUACAGGCGGCUGGGAUCGGGCCCAUGGCAAGAGGAGCAGCUGAGCACCACUGCCACGACACACCAGCUAACACUGACGGGUGGCGUCUACCAGCUGCAACUUCGUGCUGAGGGAAGCAAUGGAGAUUCCAUCACAAAUGUGCCGGUCACGUUCACAGUGCCAUCUUCGGCUAAUAUACAAGUGGGUGCACCUUCUGGCCAAGUACUUGACCCAACCCACUCCUACACAAUCUAUCUGUAUAGAUAUGAUGCUGGGAGCGGCUCAUUUGUUCAGAAUGAGGUUUCAGAGCAGCUAAAUGCCGCUGACUUUCCCUAUGGCUUCACCGGUGUUGGCGGAGGUUAUUAUGUUGCUACGGUAGUAGCAACUGAACCAGAUGGUGACCAAUCCACAAGGAGCGCGCAGUUCUUCGCUCUCCAAGCAGCUGACGCACCGGAUAUACUGCCGCAGUCGCGUAUUAGGGUUCUAUCAGCUGGCCCAGGAGUUGGUCAAGUGCGUGUUGACUUCCCUGCAUUGAGCAGUGCCCAACGUGCUCAGUUCAGUUCAUUUGCUGUACGCAUUCGGCCAUUCGGUGGUCGGAACUGGACAACCCACCAAUAUAGUAGUUCCCUCGCGUCGACAACUCUACCCGGAACCUAUCCGGAUGGCAACUACGAGCUGCUGGUAGACGCGCUGGGCGGUGACCAGAAGCUGUCGGGCAUUCCGUCUGUCUUCCCGUUGCGAGGAUUUGGCGACUACGAGAUUAGAGCUCCAGGUGGACCGGCCGCUCCUCAAUACAUCAUCACGCUGUACAAAUACGACCCCAACAGUAUGGACUUUGUUGCGCAGCAGAGGGUUCCCGGUCUGACUGCUACCAGUUUCCCGUACAGCAUUGGCAAUGUUGGCGCCGGGUCUUACGGUACAUCCGUUGUUGCAGCGUCGUCCGCUGGGCUCCUGUCAUCACGGUCAUCCGAGUACACUACAUUUGGAAAUGCUGGUGCAGCACCAUUGUUGCAGUAUGGCAGUCAACUGAUCACAGCCCAAGCUGUCAGGCCAGGCCAGAGCCAAAUAACAGUCAACCUUCCAGCGUUGAGUGCCAGCCAGAGAGCCGAGUACGGCACGUUUGAGAUCUCUUUCCGUCGCGUCGGAGACACUUGGAGAACCAGCCGCACGAGCACGUCAAGCUCGACAUAUGUCGUACCCGGGACGUACUCGGACGGCAGCUAUGAAGUGAAAGUGGCUGCGCUGUCCAACGGUGGUCAGCCCAGUCUGGUCAAUGUUCCAUUCACGUUUCCACUGCAAGCUGUCGGUAACAUGGUCGUGAAUGCUCCAGCUGGUCCACCUGUACCUGGUGCUGAAUACAUCAUAACAGUGUACCGUUAUGACGCCAGCACACAGGACUUCAUGCCAGUGCAGGAGAUCCGCAGUCUGACUGCCAACAGCUUCCCGUACAGCAUCAGUGGCAUAGGUUCCGGCUCGUAUGCCGUGACCAUUGGCACUGUUGUGAAUGGCGCCUGGUCGAGCAGAUCGGCGACGUACAGCACAUAUGGAGGUGGAGAUGCAGUACGAGUCCUCGCAUAUCCGAGCCAGCUGAUCAGCAGUGUUGCUGCUGGUCCCGGCACAAGCACAGUGCGAAUCAAUCUACCACAGCUGUCUGCCUCGCAGAGAGCUGAAUUCAAUAACUUUGAGGUGUACUAUCGCCGUAUUGGUGACGCAGAUUGGGUCGUGGGUCGAACUGGUCUGGUUAGUGAUAGCUAUGCAAUUCCCGGUGUACUUGCUGAUGGCGAUUACGAGGCAAAGGUGCGUCUGGUGUCAGGUGAUGGCCAGUCUGCACUCUCCAACAUCCCAGUUAGAUUCACGCUCAGAGCGUUGGGUGUCAUUAUCGUACCUGCGCCACCCGUUAGCCCUAUAGGUACCCAGUACACGGUCACCCCGUACCGAUAUGAUGCAAGCACCAUGCAAUACAGACAACUGCCGGAGAUUAGCGGCCUGUCUGGAAGUAGCUUUCCAUACAGUCUGAGUGGAAUAGGGUCUGGAUCGUAUGCUGUUGCCGUGAGCUCCAUGUCGGCGACUGGAGCUAGCUCAACCAGAUCAAUCUCGUACAACACAUAUGGCAAUGCAGAUGCUCCCAACAUCCUUCAGCUUCCGGGCAACUUGGUCUCAACGCGAGCUGUAAGACCUGGCGGAAGCGAAGUGCAAGUAAGCCUGCCAACAUUGAGUCCAAGUCAGCUAGCCGAAUACAGGAACUUUGAGAUAGGUUUCCGACGCUUGGGCAGUACUCAGUGGCUAACUGAUACCACCGGUAUUUCUAGUGGCACUUACACCUCUCCAGGAACGUUUUUUGAUGGAAACUAUGAAGUUCGAGUGCAAGCAGUGGGCAACGACGGGAGCAGACUGGUCUCGAUUCCUCGCAGAUUCCCGACUCAAGCCACAGGUAACAUGGUCGUGAAUGCUCCAGCUGGCCCACCGGUACCUGGUGCUGAAUACAUCAUAACAGUGUACCGGUACGACGCCAGCACACGGGACUUCAUGCCAGAGCAGGAGAUCCGCAGGCUGACUGCCAACAGCUUCCCGUACAGCAUCAGUGGCAUAGGCUCCGGCUCGUAUGCCGUGACUAUUGGCACCGUUGUGAAUGGCGCCUGGUCCAGCAGAUCAGUGGCCUACAAUACAUAUGGAGGUGGAGAUCCUGCGCAAGUCCUCGUAUACCCAGCACAGCUGAUCACUUCUAGUGCUCUUGUUCCUGGCUGGAGCACGGCGCAAAUCAAUCUGCCCCAGCUGUCUUCCCCGCAGCGAGCUGAAUUCAGUAACUUUGAGGUGUACUACCGCCGAAUUGGUGACGCUAAUUGGAUCGUGGGUCGGGCUGGUCUGGAGAGUGAUAACUAUUUGAUUUCUGGUGUGCUUGCCGAUGGAGAUUACGAGGCAAUGGUGCGUCUUGUGUCACGUGAUGGCCAGUCUGCACUCUCCAACAUCCCAGUUAGAUUCACGCUCACAGCGUUGGGUGAUAUUGAUGUACCUGCUCCAACCGGUACACUGCCAGGGUCCCAAUACACCGUCACUCUGUACCAAUUUGACACAACCCAGAUGCAAUACACACAGCUACGCGAGAUUGCCAAUCUGAAUGAAGGUAGCUUUCCAUACAGUCUGAGUGGAAUAGGCUCAGGAUCGUAUGCUGUUGCCGUGAGCUCCGUGUCCGCGACUGGAGCUAGCGCAACCAGAUCAAUCACGUACAAUACAUAUGGCGAUGCAGAUGGUCCCGCCACACUUCAACUUCCGGCUAACUUGAUCUCAACGCGAGCUGUAAGGCCUGGCGAAAGUGAAGUGCAAAUAAGCCUGCCAACAUUGAGCCCAAGUCAGCUAGCCGAAUACAGGAACUUUGAGAUAGGUUUCCGACGCUUGGGCAGUACUCAGUGGCAAACUGGUACGACCGGUAUUUCUAGUGCUACUUACUCCGCUCCAGGAACGUUUUUUGAUGGAAACUAUGAAGUGCGGGUGCAAGCAGUGGGCAACGACGGGAGCAGACUGGUCUCGAUUCCUCGCAGAUUUCCGACGGAAGCCUCAGGAAGUGUUUUGGUGAAUCGACCCGGUGGUGAUCUAAGUCCAGAGUACAUCAUCGCAGUAUACAGAUAUGAUGCAGGUAGCAUGGAGUUUGUACACCAACGCGAGAUUUCUGCAUUGACCGGAGACAGCUUCCCGUAUAGUCUGACUGGAAUAGGCUCUGGUUCCUAUGGCAUAGUAGUGAGCUCAGUAUUGACAACUGGAGCGCAGUCUAGCAGAUCAGUGGCGUACAAUACGUAUGGCGGUGCAGCAUCUCCGGACAUUCUCCAGCUUCCAAGCAACUUGAUCACGACACAAACUGUCAGGCCAGGCGAAAGUCGAGUUCGAAUCAAUCUACCAACAUUGACCCCUAGUCAACAGGCCACAUACAGCAACUUUGAGAUCAGAUUCCGUGACAUUGGCAGUCCACAGUGGCAAAGUGGCAGGACUGCUAGUUCCAGCAAUGCAUAUAUUAUUCCUAGAACGUUCACCGAUGGUAACUAUGAAGUGCAGGUGCAGGCAGUGGCUAAUGAUGGAAGAAGAUUGGCGUCUGUACCAGUUGGUAUGCCCUUGCAAGGCAUUGGAAGUGUUUUGGUGAUUCGACCCGGUGGUGAUCUGAGUCCAGAGUACAUCAUCGCAGUAUACAGAUAUGAUGCAGGUAGCAUGGAGUUUGUACACCAACGUGAGAUUUCUGCAUUGACCGGAGAUAGCUUCCCGUACAGUCUGACUGGAAUAGGCUCCGGUUCUUAUGGCAUAGUAGUGAGCUCAGUAUCACCAACUGGAGUGCGGUCUAGCAGAUCAGUGGCGUACAAUACGUAUGGCGGUACAGGUGCACCUGAGAUUCUCCAGCUCCCAAGCAACUUGAUCACGACACAAGCUGUCAGGCCAGGUGAAAGUCAGGUUCGAAUCAAUCUACCAACAUUGACCCCCAAUCAACAGGCCACUUACAACAACUUUGAGAUCAGAUUCCGUGACAUUGGCAGUCCACAGUGGCAAAGUGGCAGGACUGCUAGUUCCAGCAGUACAUAUGUUAUUCCUGGAACAUACACUGAUGGUAACUAUGAAUUGCAGGUGCAGGCAGUGGCUAAUGAUGGGAGAAGGUUGACUUCUGUACCAGUUGGCGUGCCCUUGCAAAGCAUCGGGACACUAUCGAUCAGUUUGGCCAUGCCGGAUCCGAAUGCAGCUAGCUAUUCAGUCACCGUAUAUCGAUACAACCAAUCAACUGGCCUGAUGGAUGUUUUCUUCCAGCGUGACAACCUGGUCCAAGCCAAUUUCCCAUACACGGUCCCUAACGUUGGACAGGGCUACUAUCAAACUGCUGUGGUGGCAAACCGUGCUGAUGGCAGUAGGCAAAGUGUGGGAUUCGGAGAGCACAAUCACCUUCCUGCUAGCGGAGAUGGGCCGGUGUUUAUCAACUGGCCCUCGGCGAAUCCAGUCACGAUCCGAGCGACAGGACCUGGUUCCAGCUCCGUUACAAUACGACUACCUAGACUUGGAAGUGAUGGUGAGCGACUCUUCCCACGCUCUCAGGUCAUCUAUCGUCGGCUUGGCAGUGAUACCUGGUUGCAGGGUGGCGUCACGAGCAGCAGCCAACUGUCAGCAACCCUCGUAAAUGAUAUACCCGAUGGUGUGUACGAGGUUCGUGUUGUUGCCGUGGCAGCAGACAGCCUUGGACGUACGCCACAGACACCGUCUUUGAUAUUCACGACAUCCGCUAGAGGUGAUGUGACAAUCCCAGGUCCAGCUAGCAAUCCAUUCCCAUCAAACACUAUCACGUUGUACAUCUACAACGACACGGCUGGAUCAUUUCAGCUCGCACAGCCCGAAGCUACGGGCCUGACCAGUGCUAGCUACCCAUACACGUUCACGGACCGUGGCGCUGGAUACUAUUCGGCAAGAAUCGACGGAAUCCGGUCCACUGGUGAUCGUAACACAUUCUCUAUCCGGUACAUCAAUGAGGGAUUUGAAGGUACUGUGCCACUCCUGACCUACGCAACGCCCCUGAUCAGCUCCGUGAGCACUGCACCUGGCUUGAGUAGCAUCUCAGUGAACUUGCCAAUGGUGGAGGGCCCCGGCGGAGCCUUCAACGUGCAAUGGCGACGUUCCGGCAGCAGUGACUGGCAGACUCGAGUUGUUCCCCUCAGCUCUCAGGGUGAACCAUUUGCACUGCCUGGCGAUUUUAGCGAUGGCUCGUAUGAAGUGCAACUAAGUGCUGCGGUCACAGGGCGUGAUUCGCUGACCAACAUACCGUUCACCUUCUCUGUACGCUCAACAGUGACUGCACCACCACCGACCACAGCCCAGAUUACGACAACACCUCCGCCGACUACAGAGCCCGCGUUGAAUCUACCUGUGCCAGCUUGGCCUAUACCGGCGAUUGAAGACAACUCACUAACUCCAGUGUCGGUCGUCCUCUAUUUGCCCGGCUACGACGGUCCUAGCCCAGGCACCGCUCUGUAUGGGGCUGAGAUCAGCUUGGACGGCGCCCGCUGGUUUGGCCUGCAAGCGCUGAAUGUGGCGUCGGAUUUCCAGGCCGUGUUUGUGCCAAGAUUGCAGCCAUCGACUCGGUAUCUGAUGCGAUUCCGUACAGCGGUCGAUGGCCAGUACUCCGGCUAUAGUGGCGUUCUGGACUUCACUACACCCAUGCCAGGUUUCAAUGUGGCACUGCCCGGCUCCAUCCCGAGUGCAGAUUCAUACGAGAUCUCCGUGUACGAGUACGACAGCAGCACUGGACAGCUGCAGUUUCAGAGGACUAUUCCUGUGGCGAACUCAUCACAGUUCGCCUACUGGGUGGACACGGACGUUGGGUUUUUCUUUGCUCGCCUGGACACGGUUAGAGGCGGCAUUGGCCAGAUGGCAUCAGUCACACCAUACGACGUCGGAUUCAGUGGUGACUUGCCAAGAUUCCUAAACAUCGACAGUGCUGACCAGGUGAGUAUCAACAUUGGUCCUGACGGUACGGCAACAGCGCAGAUUACGUUUCCCACUUUGGAUUCAGCAGCUCUGACCGAAACAUAUCAGAACUGGCUGCUGGAGUGGCAACCAGCCGGAAGUGGCGACGAGUGGAAGUCAAUCCAGGUCCCCACAACUUCACUGACGGCACAGCUAACAAACUUGACCGGUGGCCAAUAUGAAAUUCGGCUCUCAGCGUCCGGUUCUGAGCCUUCUGGGGAAGUUGCUCAAACUCCAUACUCCGUACCACUUGUGAUCAACACGAUCGGAGCCCGCGCUGUACCUACAUGGCCAGAUACCAUCGUCAAUCCGCAAUUCACCACGGAAAGCCAGACCGUUAUAAACCUGCCGCAAGUCGCGGAAGAUCUUCGCCAGCAGGUCAACUCCUGGGUGGUGUACUAUCGAGACGUGUCCGACCCGGAUGCGCCUUGGGCAAGCCGCCAGUUUUCCAACACGGGCCAAAGCACGGUGGCUCUACCGUCACAGCCCAACACUCUAGGGGACGUGCGAGUUGUUGCAGUGUACAACGGAGGCACGACCGCCGAAAGUCCCACCGAGAGAUUUUUGAACUACGUACCUCCGGAAAUACGGUAUAUGGCCACUUCGACUGGUAUCGGAAGGAGCAACGUCACUAUCUCUAUACCAUUUCUUCUGGAGAGCGUCUCCAAUGUGUACUCCAUGUUCGUUGCUCAAUACCGUCUCGUGGACAGUGAGGCAUGGCUUGACGGAGGACGUGCCAGCGCGAGCUCGUUGGAGUUGACGGAGUUGACGUUACCUGCCGACAUUGCUGAUGGUCUGUAUGAGCUGCAGCUGCGUGCCUUGUCUGCCGAUGGCACAGCCGCAUCACCACCGGCCACGGUAACCAUUCGUCUCAUUGGCACAGGCUCAUUCUUCAUUGAUCCACCCAUGCCUGAUAGUGCCGCUCUCUACCUGGUCAUUGUAGCCAAGUAUGAUAGCGAGAGCAUGACUAUGGAGGAUUACUGGACACCGCCCCCUGUCGCGUUCGAUGCAUUCCCGCUUGAAGUAGCAAAUGCAAGCAGCGGUUACUACGCGAGCCGGAUUGUUGCAUUGUCCGAAGAUCCUGAUCGCACGGUUGCAUUCGGAGAGCAUGACUUCUAUACAAAAGGAGAUCUUCCCUUCAUCCCGAAGUGGCCUUCCAACCAGCCAUUUGAAGUUGUGUCUACAGCCCCGGGAGCAAGCAGAGUCACCCUCCAGCUUCCUGCCUUCCCUCAGCAGACGUAUCCAACACUUCUGGUUCGCAUGGACGAUGGAACCGUGAAACGUGUUCAAAACAUCUCGAGUGAUUCUCAAACAUUCAUGCUACCCGAAGAUGUCAGUGAUGGGCGAUACAGUUUUACUGUGCAAGGUGUUACUGCUGAUGGCCUGAGGCAAAGCAUACCUAGUCAACCGCUGGUGAUAGUUACCUCAGGGAAAGGUGACCUGGUCAUCGACUUGCCAUCUCAAGUGCCAUCACAGUUUCCACAGCUCUCACUGGCAUUGUAUUCCCUAAAGCAAAGUGGUUUUGGCAAGCUUCAGGAAGUGCACAACUUGACUAGCGCGAGCUUCCCGUACACGUUCUCGGACCUUCCAGCUGGAUAUUAUGUUACUAGGAUUGACGGCCAGGAGGCCAAUGGAGACAGGACAAGCUUUUCGUUGAAGUAUUUCGACUUUGCCGAAAAAGACCGCAUCCAGAUUCUGCGUUACCCGCCGCAAUUCAUCUCUUCUACCAGCAUCGCCCCCAUGCGGAGUAGAGUCACGGUGAACCUACCGGAGACAGACAAUAACACUGUUGUGAUACUUGCUCAAUGGAGAAGCAUUGACAUUCCCCUCUAUCAGAUUGCAAGUGCGCCACCUGGAACCCGCUCGCUUGAACUCCCCGCUAACAUUACAGAUGGCGUUUACGAGCUGUACUUGACCACGCUUAAUUUAAUCAUCGGCCAAAAGACAAACAUUCCCAUUGUCUUUUCCACUCGAUCAACAGUGACUCUUCCACCUCCAACAACAACUCCACCUCCAAUCAACUUGCCUAUUGCAUUCUGGCCGCAGCCUGGCUUAGUUAAAGGAUCGCUCACGCCUGUGGCGGUCACGAUCACUCUUCCAGGCUACACCGGGCCAGAUCUUCCCGGUGCUGUGUACGUCCUGGACGCUAGCGUUGACAGCGGCGCAUGGGCGCGUAUUGGUACGAUCCGUGUUCUGCCGGACUUCCAGGACAUUCCGCUUCCCAACCUCACGCCGGGUACCCAGUAUCGACUGCGCUUCAGGACCGUGUACAACGAGUUCUCGUCAGCGUACAGUGAUAUCUUGACCUUCACCACUCCUGAUGCUGGUAUCAAUGUGAAGCUUCCCGACCCGACACCGCGUGCGGAUUUGUACAACAUAUUCGUAUACCAGUUCAACGAGACGACCGGUCAGCUGGAUCUCGUCAACACUGUCAAUGGCGUCUCCGCGUCGCAGUUCCCAUACUGGAUACACACCGGAGUUGGAUACUUCUACUCGCGCGUGGACGCCGUCCGAGAUGGUAUUCCGCAGCUUGCAAGCAUUUCUAAAUAUGACGUUGGAUUCUCCGGGAGGGUUCCGAAGGUGUUCAACCUCGAUGCCAGCACACCCAUCACAACCGCCUUCAUGUCAGAUGGCUCGUCGCUCACUAGCAUUCCAUUCCCGGUGUUUACGAGUGCUGCUGAUCAGAGGAGCUAUAUGAACUGGCUGGUUGAGUGGCGAAUUAGUGGCAGCAACGCAGCGUGGAAUACGAGAACAGUUUCAACUAGCGAGCUGUUAGGACAGCUCAUGGACUUUCCGUUUGGAAUUUACGAAGUCAGAAUAUCUGCAGUUGAUGGUGGUGGUCUUGCCACAACUGCCUCUGUGCCUGUCAUCUUUGUCACCCUUGGUGCAACAGCUGUACCGGUUUGGGAAGAGCCUGUCCUGAGAUCUAAUGAAUCAACCCGAACUAGGGCAUCUAUAAAUGUACCCCGAGUUCCGGAUGGUCUUAUGGCGGAACUCGAUUCCUGGCUAGUCUACUACCGUGAUGCUGAAAUGCCUGGUGGGUGGUCAGUGAUACGAUUCCCCAACGUUGGCCAGACCAGCCUUGUUCUGAGCGGCUUGUCCGCAAACCGUCUUGAAGUGCGUGUUACUGCAGAGUACGUCGGUGGCAGAACGGCCACGAGCGGCAUCACGGAGGUUGUAGUUUACGAGCCACCACCGCCGACCACCACAGCUGCACCCACAACCACACCGCUGGUUCUUUGUUCGCCGCAUGCUCCUGACCCAGCACUGCGCUAUUACUACUCCACCACCGAGGACAAUCUGGUCGUGGGCAGUACCGCUACGAUAUUGUGUGCAGAAGACUACAGGUCGGCUUCUGGGGCGCCUCUGUCCCUCUUGACCUGUGACGAAUCUGGGACCUGGACCGGUACCAGGCUGGAUUGCAGUCGCAUUACGACCACCAUGCCACCAGCAACAACACCACCGCCGCAAGUCUUAGUCCCAAUCGGUGUCAGAAUACCAGACCUCAUCUCUGACAUCGAUAACCCGUUCAUCAUCCGACUGGAGCAUUUUGUCAACGGAGCAUUUGUGCAAGAAGGAGAGCCUGUGCAAGUGGCAUCGGGCAGGGACUUCCCGCGGGAUCUGCGCGUGGCAGUGGGCGAGUACUACCGCUACACUGUGAGCGAGGUGUUGCCCAGCGGUUUACAAGUUACACGAUCAGCGCAAGAUGGCGAUUUGGGAUAUAUGGGCCCUGGUGUUACACUCUCGCCUACCUGGCAAACGCUGGAUGAGGUCUCGAUCUCGCCUGGCAACACAAUUGAUGUGAUACAGCCUAUUCUCCUGGCGAGCCCUGGCAUUGACCUGACCGGACCUGGUACAGUGGUGUUUGAGUAUAAAAAGGUUAACGAUACCACUUGGCACUCGGUUCAAUACGACUAUUUGCUGGAAGACGUGGUAAUUGAAAUUCCAGCCGCAGGCUUCACCCGAGGCCAGUAUGUGCUGAGAUCACAGAUCACCGUUGGCGCGGUUGAAUCAGCCUUCACGCAGGAUUGGUACUUUGCAAUUGAUAAAUACCUUGACCCGAUGAACAGCUCGCUGACAGUUGACAUUGACAUUGAACACACGAGCCCGUACGCAUACAUGCUAUCCUUGUAUAAGUAUGACCCGGAGACAGGUGAGAUGUCGGUAGCGUUCAAACAGGGAUACCCCAGCGCUGACUCCUUCCCGGUGACCCUGACGAUGCUCUCCCGAGACUUCUAUGUGGCUCGCGUCGAAGCUAUCACGCCGUUCGGAGUGGAAACGUCCAACAUUGAAACUUUCCCCAUAGGCACAUUGGAUCCAUCACUGUUCCUUCCAGAGUGGCCCUCAAACACAAUCAUCACUAGCACACUAGUCUUCCCACAAGGAAACAGAGUGACAGUGCAGCUACCUCGGUUAUCGGACGACGAACGUGCUCGCUUCCCGUCGCUUUUGGUCGAGUGGCGUUUCCAGAACGACCCCAACUAUCAAUCAACCCGUGUUCCGAGUGAUACGACAUCGCUUCUCCUGCCAGCCCGGCUAUCCGAUGGUAGUAAUCAAGUGCGUGUCACCGCUAUUGGUACUACGGGCGAAAGGUCUGCGUCCACAGUUGAUCACCUGUUUGCACUGGGCGCCGGGAGACAAGUGGUGACGAACUGUGAGGGACUUCCCCCGCUGGAGGGAUUCACGUACCACUACUCUGACGUCACCUAUGCUGUGGACUCGACCGUUGCCAUCCUGUGCCUGGAUCCGUCAACCGGCCAGCAGCUGUAUGCUGCUCGUAGCUGCGAUUCCGAUGGCACGUGGUCCGGCUCGAAUCCGCCGUGUUUCCCUGAGCCAACAGUAAUGCCUACAACUCCAGAAGAGCCGACUACACAGCCUCGCACCACAACCCCGGAGCUUACAACGCAACUCCCUACGACAACCCCAGAGCCCAACUACUUUGCCAGCAUAUCACCGCAAGACACGACCGUCCGCUCAACCUCGGACUUUAUGCUCAUGUGUGGCCACAACCACCCACGCAUCCUGUUUCCACAGUAUCGGUGGAGUCGGACAGAUGGCCAGGAUUUGCCUGUGGGCCGCUUUGAAAUCGGUGGUCGCUUUGGCAAUGUUUUGAUGAUAUCUGAUGUGGAGGGGAGCGACGCUGGAGAGUAUGUGUGUGAGGUGACUGGUGAUGGAGUCACGUUACGUAGUGAGCCAGCAACUGUCAAUGUUGAUGGUUCAGCCAGGACAAUGCCAACCACCAUGCCGGUAAUGACAACUCCGCCAGACACUGUUGUAACUUCUGAGAAAGAUGAGAAGCCAUUGGUUGAAGUCCUGUCCGACACAGCAACACCCGGACUAAGUCAAGCGCUGGUCAAUAUUCCGGAGCUGAAUGAAACAAUGAAAGACACGGGUCCUGUUGUGGUAGAAUACCGUCCCAGCGGCGAUGAAGACUGGAUCAGAGCACCUGUACCUACUGGAUCUUCUCAGAUUGUCCUUCCAGAGCUACUGGCCGAUGGGACGUAUGAUAUUCGUGUUGUGCUGGAACCAACGGAUACCACUGUAGAUGAUGUUGUUGUGGAGCCGGAGCAAGAAUUUAUUGUUGAUGGUUACGUUGAUGGUGGAAGAACAUCUGCACCAGGUCCAGUUAGUACUGGUGGAGAAAUGAGCACGCAACAACCUGGAUCAACACCAGCAGGAUUCUUUGCCACAGUAUCUCCGUCAAGAGUGCAGUUUGACUCUAGCACCAACAAUUUUGUGCUAAGAUGCAGCCACAAUGAUCCCACUGCGCUAUUCGUGACUUAUCGCUGGUCUCUUGCGGAUGGCAUUGAUCUACCGGUGGGUCGAUUUGAGAUCGGUGGCUUUAAUGGAGAAGUAUUGACUAUCCAGGAACCAAUUGCGUCAGAUGCAGGCAACUAUGUAUGCAGUGUAGAUAGUGGUGGAUCCACUGAAAUUGGACCGGGAUCUGCAGAAGUGGUAUUCAGUGUCGUUGAAACCCCAACACGAGCACCUACUUCUGCCCCGCCAACACCAGUAGGACAGGCAGACAAUAUAACUACAACUGAUACAAGCACAGCAACCCCUGUGUUUUCAACAACCACUAAACAACCAGUGCUUGAAGUCUACUUUGCCAGUGUAUCUCCAACAAGGGUGAUAGCCGAUGCAAGUACAGACCAGAUUGUCUUGACAUGUACUCACGAUGCACCAAGCAACAUUAAUCCCACGUACACAUGGACUAGACAAGAUGGUACACCACUGGAUGUGGUGCGUCAUGUUAUUGAAGGUGACAGUGGUGAAAUACUGCGCAUUCAAGAUCCCGAAUUUUCAGACAGUGGACAGUACGUGUGUGAAGUGGAGGCACCUGGUUCCAUGUUCUAUCCUGCAGUAGCUGGAGUUGAGUUUGACGGUUCAGCCAGGACAAUGCCAACCACCAUGCCAGUAAUGACAAUUCAACCAGAUACUGUUGUGACUUCUGAGAAAGUUGAUGGUGGAAUAACGUCUGCACCAAGUCCAGUCAGUACAGGUGUGGAAGUAAGCACGCAACAACCUGCAUCAACACCAGCGGGAUUCUUCGCCACGGUAUCUCCGUCAAGAGUGGAGUUUGACUCUAGCACCAACAAUUUUGUGCUAAGAUGCAGUCACAAUAAUCCGAAUGCGCUAUUCGUGAUUUAUCGCUGGUCUCUUUCAGAUGGAAGUGAUCUUCCUGCUGGUAGAUUUGAGAUUGGUGGCUUGAAUGGAGAAGUACUGACUAUCCAGGAACCAAUUGCAUCAGAUGCAGGCAACUAUGUAUGCAGUGUAGCUAGUUUUGGAUCCACUGGAAUUCGACCAGGAUCUGCAGAAGUGGUAUUCAGUGUGAUUGCAACCACAACACAAGCUGGUUCAGCCAGGACAAUGCCAACCACCAUGCCGGUAAUGACAACUCCGCCAGAUACUGUUGUGACUUCCGAGAGAGUUGAUGGUGGAAGAACGUCUGCGCCAAGUCCAGUCAGUACAGGUGUAGAAGUAAGCACGCAACAACCUGCAUCAACACCAGCGGGAUUCUUCGCCACAGUAUCUCCGUCAAGAGUGCAGUUUGACUCUACCAUCAACAAUUUCGUGCUAAGAUGCAGUCACAAUGAUCCGAAUGCAUUAUUCGUGUCUUAUCGCUGGUCUCUUUCGGAUGGCAGAGAUCUUCCUUUGGGUAGAUUUGAGAUCGGUGGCUUGAAUGGAGACGUAUUGACUAUCCAGGAACCAAUUGCAGCAGAUGCAGGCAACUAUGUAUGCAGUGUAGAUAGUGGUGGAUCCACUGAAAUUGGACCGGGAUCUGCAGAAGUGGUGUUCAGUGUCGUUGAAACCACAACACAAGCUGAUACUGCAAGAACAACGGAACCAAGACCAGGCAGUUCAGCUCCAGAAACCACCAUGCAACGAGUACUCACAACUUUGCCAACAACACCAUCGACCGUUCCCGUGACAACUUCCAUGGCGACAACAGGCACUAGGUCGCCGUACUACGCCACCGUGUCUCCUGCAGUGACGAUGAUCGACGCGACCAGCACUGAGUUCUCUCUGCUCUGCAAUCAUAACCAUCCAGCUCCUAUCUUUGCGCGGCACUCGUGGCGCAGGUUGGACGGCCAGCCCUUGCCAGCGGGUCGCUUCAGCGUACACGGUAGUGCUGGCAACCGCUUGACCAUUCGAGACGUAGAGGAGAGUGAUGCUGGACAGUACAUGUGCUCGGUAUCUGCCUUUGCACUAACUUUGGACAGUGAGCCAGCUCGUGUUAUUUUCGUGCAUCCGACGACACGUCCUCCACCAACCGAGGUGACAACACCCAGACGAACCAGUGGCGCCAGGUCAAGUACAGCACCCGUGGUCACCACUAUCACAACUGACUCGGAAGUAUCAAGCACAGAACCACCACCAGCGUACACAGCAGUCAUAUCACCAUCCAGAACAACAAUUGACUCCAGCACAUUCAGUUUUGUACUCAGUUGUAGCCAUAACCACCCCGGGCUGCUGUUUGCGCAGUACAGCUGGAGUCGCGGAAAUGGAGAGGACUUGCCGGCGGGUCGGUUUGAAAUUGGCGGCACUAGAGGCAAUGUCUUGACGGUCCAAAGUGUGACUGAGCGAGAUGCUGGAGAGUAUGUGUGUGAAGUGUCCCAGGGAGGCGUCACGAUACAAAGUGAACCGGCCACUGUUGUCUACGUCGCUGAUAUGACAGCUAGUACUGCGACAGAUGCAACAGGGACAGAACCCGACAGUGUCACAACAGCAGACCUGGGCAGCGGAACUGAUUCCACAAGAGAUCCACCUUCAACUAGUCCAUGCAGAGUUCUCGAGGCACCCGUGUGGCCUGAGCCUGCCGUCAUGUUUUUUGACGACGUUGGCGUCUACUUCACACCGAGCCAACCUGGUUUCGUGUUUGGCGUGAGCUUUUUUGAGGUGGAGUUCCUCGUCAACAAUACGUGGACACUGCAUGCACAUGCUGAACUAGAAGAUUCAUUCCUGCCCCGCCUUCCUCCUGGGGAAACGGGAUUCCUGAGAAUGCGUUACCAUCAGGAUGCCGAGAAUUGUCUGGUGUCCGAAUGGAGUGCUAUCCUGAACUUCACUGCUGCUCCUAUCACACACAUGGUCACUGUAACACCGGAAACGGUCAUAAUCAGCCACACAAAUGAGAGCUUUCAGUUGACAUGCAGCUCUAGCCUGCCCGCUGGAGCGAACGUCACGAUCUCCUGGUUCACAGCCGAGGGCCGGGUAGUUUCCGGUGGUCGCUUUCAACUGAGCGGCAUGCAUGGAGAAAUUCUGACGGUGGUCAACAUCACCUGGCAUGAUGACGGAGAGUAUUUGUGUUCAGUGGGUGCUCCAAAUGGCCAAACUUCAUCUGGUUCAGGACAUGUUAUUUAUUCUCCAACUCCUACUGCGACGAGCACAGAUGCAACCACGCCUAUUGGGAUCACUUCUGAUUCAUUGACCACAGCAUCUGGCGACAUGAUGGUCACUGAUUUGGGCGGCAGUGGCACCACGGACUCCCAAUGCAAAAGAGUGGACGCACCUGUGUGGCCAGAUAAUGCAAUACGCUUUGUUGAUGAGUCACUUGGCAUGUACCAAGUACCAUCAUAUCCGAACUUUGUGCAAGGAGUGAGCUUCUUCAGCGUGGAGCUCUUUGUGGACAAUGCCUGGGGACCAGUGGGACAAAUUGCUGUGGGUAAUAGUACAAAGGAGGUUGUCAUACCACGACUUGGUGCGGGAACACAAGCGGCACUGAGAAUUCGCUAUCACGGUGAUGCAGACAACUGCAUUGUGUCUGAAUGGAGUGAAGCAUUGAGUUUCACAGUUCCAUCGCAAGCUGUAACAACUGACAUGCCAACAACGAGCAAUAUCACUGGUACUGAUGCCACGGAUGAAACAACUGCCCCAAUCAUAGGGUCCGGAACAGCACCCGAUACAUCAACGGCAGCAACGCCAACUACUCCUCAAGCCCUUGUCACAACUAAAGGGUAUAGUGUGAGUGUUUCCCCUGAGAGAGUAGUGAUGAACAGCUCUACGUACAGCUUCCAGUUAACAUGUAGUCAUGACUAUCCAGAUGUUGCUGGCCUGGCACCAAUCAUACAGUGGGUAAGAGCAUAUGGAGUACCACUGCCCAUGACUCGGGUGGUGAUCAGCGGUGCAUCUGGAGAGAUCCUGACCGUGGAGAAUGCUUUGCCUUCUGAUGCUGGACAAUAUUUUUGUAUGGUGCAAAGGAUGGACAACAACGUCGACUCUGGAUCAGCAAUGGUUGUAUAUGUUGAUGACUCAGCAACAACAAGACCAAUUCCAGUUAGUCCAGGUGGAGAAGUAAGCACACAACAACCUGGAUCAACACCAGCAGUUGAUGACGGAAGAACAACGAGACCGAUUGCAGCUAGUUCAGGUCCAGGGACAACAAUGCCUCCAACACCACCAGGAUCCUUCGCCACAGUAUCUCCUUCAAGAGUGGAGUUGGACUCUAGCACCAACAAUUUUGUGCUCAGAUGCAGUCACAAUGAUCCCAAUGCGUUAUUCGUGAUUUAUCGCUGGUCUCUUUCGGAUGGCAGAGAUCUUCCUUUGGGUAGAUUUGAGAUCGGUGGCUUGAAUGGAGAAGUACUGACAAUCCAGGAACCAAUUGCAUCAGAUGCAGGCAACUAUGUAUGCAGUGUAGCUAGUUUUGGAUCCACUGGAAUUAGACCAGGAUCUGCAGAAGUGGUGUUCAGUGUGGUUACAACCACAACACAAGCAACGGCAGCAGCGCCAACUACUCCUCCAGUUCUUGUCACAACUAAAGGGUAUAGUGUGAGUGUUUCCCCUGAGAGAGUACUGAUGAACAGCUCUACGUACAGCUUCCAGUUAACAUGUAGUCAUGACUAUCCAGAUGUUGCUGGCCUGGCACCAAUCAUACAGUGGGUAAGAGCAUAUGGAGUACCACUGCCCAUGACUCGGGUGGUGAUCAGCGGUGCAUCUGGAGAGAUCCUGACCGUGGAGAAUGCUUUGCCUUCUGAUGCUGGACAAUAUGUGUGUACGGUGCAAACGAUGGACAACAACUUCAACGCUGGAUCAGCAAUGGUUGUAUAUGUUGAUGACUCAGCAACAACAAGACCAAUUCCAGUUAGUCCAGGUGUAGAAGUGAGCACACAACAACCAGGAUCAACACCAGCAGUUGAUGAUGGAAGAACAACGAGAUCAAUUGCAGGUAGUUCAGCCCCAAGGAUUACCACAGAAGAAGAUGUAACUACAACAGUGCCACCCACGCGAGCAGGAUUCUUCGCCACAGUAUCUCCAUCAAGAGUGGAGUUUGACUCUAGCACCAACAAUUUAGUGCUCAGAUGCAGUCACAAUGAUCCAAAUGCAUUAUUCGUGACUUAUCGCUGGUCUCUUGUGGAUGGCAGAGAUCUUCCUUUGGGUAGAUUUGAGAUUGGUGGCUUGAAUGGAGAAGUACUGACAAUCCAGGAACCAAUUGCAUCAGAUGCAGGCAACUAUGUAUGCAGUGUAGCUAGUUUUGGAUCCACUGGAAUUAGACCAGGAUCUGCAGAAGUGGUAUUCAGUGUGGUUACAACCACAACACAAGUAGAUCCAGCACGCACUACAGCACCUCAACCAUCAACAACACAGCCAAUCAAUGCCACUACAACAACAACAACAACAACAACAGCAACAACAACUGAAGAACCAGUAGUUGCAGUCUACAUUGCUAGCGUAUCUCCAUCCUCGGCGAUGGCCAAUGCCAGUACAGAGAGCAUUGUGUUGACGUGCAGUCACGAUGCGCCGAACAUCACCUACCCGUUCUACACAUGGAGGCGGCAGGACGGCACACCGCUUGACGAGCGACGUCACCAAGUAAUGGGUCAUGACGGCGAGAUCCUGCGCAUCCAGACUCCUGAACCAUCGGACAGUGGAGAAUACGUGUGCGAAGUCAAAGCACCGGAUGUGAUGUUUUACAGUGGAACUGCCCAGGUUCAGUUCAUCGGUCCAGCACGCACUACUAUGCCACCAACAGCGACAACACAGCCCGCUAUUGUCACGACCACAGCUGAUAUGCCAGAUACAACCAGUAUGGUGGUUACGACACAGGAGCCAACAGCACCUACAGAAGUGGUGACCACUGAGCAGCUGAUCACCACUGUUUACCAAGAAUUCAACGCAGUCGUGUCACCAAGCCGCGUAGUGGUCAAUGCGAGCGUUCCAGCGCUCAUACUCACGUGUGCUCACGACAAGCCCAAUGUUACGCUUGCUGUGUAUACAUGGCGCCGAGCUGACGGCCAGCUGCCAACGCAGCGGGUGAUGAUAAGCGAUCAGUUCGGUGACAUGCUCACGAUUUUCAGGCCUGAGCCAUCCGAUGCCGGCGUCUACACUUGCAAAGUGAGCGACCCAGAUGGAAAUAUUCUGCCUGGUUCGGCUACCGUCGUCUACGAGGGUCCACCUCGCACAAUGCCAACAACCGUACCGAUAAUGACAACUGCACCAGCUUCUGUUAUAACCAGUGAGAAAGGAUCCUUCGCCACAGUAUCUCCUUCAAGAGUGGAGUUGGACUCUAGCACCAACAAUUUUGUGCUCAGAUGCAGUCACAAUGAUCCAAAUGCAUUAUUCGUGACUUAUCGCUGGUCUCUUUCGGAUGGCAGAGAUCUUCCUUUGGGUAGAUUUGAGAUCAGUGGCUUGAAUGGAGAAGUAUUGACAAUCCAGGAACCAAUUGCAUCAGAUGCAGGCAACUAUGUAUGCAGUGUGGAUAGUGGUGGAUCCACUGAAAUUGGACCGGGAUCUGCAGAAGUGGUAUUCAGUGUGCUUACAACCACAACACAAGGGAUCACUUCUGAUUCAUUGACCACGGCAUCUGGUGACAUGAUGGUCACUGAUUUGGGCGGCAGUGGCACCAGCGACUCCCCAUGCAGAACAGUGGACGCACCUGUGUGGCCAGAUAAUACAAUACGCUUUGUUGAUGAGUCACUGGGCAUGUACCAAGUGCCAUCAUAUCCGAACUUUGUGCAAGGAGUGAGCUUCUUCAGCGUGGAGCUUUUUGUGGACAAUGCCUGGGGACCAGUGGGACAGAUUGCUGUGGGUAAUAGUACAAAGGAGGUUGUCAUACCACGACUUGGUGCGGGAACACAAGCGGCACUGAGAAUUCGCUAUCACGGUGAUGCAGACAACUGCAUUGUGUCUGAAUGGAGUGAAGCAUUGAGUUUCACAGUUCCAUCGCAAGCUGUAACAACUGACAUGCCAACAACGAGCAAUGUCACUGGUACUGAUGCCACGGAUGAAACAACUGCCCCAAUCAUAGGGUCCGGAACAGCACCCGAUACAUCAACGGCAGCAACGCCAACUACUCCUCAAGCCCUUGUCACAACUAAAGGAUAUAGUGUGAGUGUUUCCCCUGAGAGAGUAGUGAUGAACAGCUCUACGUACAGCUUCCAGUUAACAUGUAGUCAUGACUAUCCAGAUGUUGCUGGCCUGGCACCAAUCAUACAGUGGGUAAGAGCAUAUGGAGUACCACUGCCCAUGACUCGGGUGGUGAUCAGCGGUGCAUCUGGAGAGAUCCUGACCGUGGAGAAUGCUUUGCCUUCUGAUGCUGGACAAUAUUUUUGUAUGGUGCAAAGGAUGGACAACAACGUCGACUCUGGAUCAGCAAUGGUUGUAUAUGUUGAUGACUCAGCAACAACAAGACCAAUUCCAAUUAGUCCAGGUGGAGAAGUAAGCACACAACAACCUAGAUCAACACCAGCAGUUGAUGAUGGAAGAACAACGAGACCAAUUGCAGCUAGUUCAGGUCCAGGGACAACAAUGCCUCCAACACCAGCAGGAUCCUUCGCAAUAGUAUCUCCUUCAAGAGUGGAGUUGGACUCUAGCACCAACAAUUUUGUGCUGAGAUGCAGUCACAAUGAUCCCAAUGCGUUAUUCGUGAUUUAUCGCUGGUCUCUUUUGGAUGGCAGAGCUCUUCCUUUGGGUAGAUUUGAGAUCGGUGGCUUGAAUGGAGAAGUACUGACAAUCCAGGAACCAAUUGCAUCAGAUGCAGGCAACUAUGUGUGCAGUGUAGCUAGUUUUGGAUCCACUGGAAUUAGACCAGGAUCUGCAGAAGUGGUAUUCAGUGUGGUUACAACCACAACACAAGCAACGGCAGCAACACCAACUACUCCUCAAGUUCUUGUCACAACUAAAGGUUAUAGUGUGAGUGUUUCCCCUGAGAGAGUAGUGAUGAACAGCUCUACGUACAGCUUCCAGUUAACAUGUAGUCAUGACUAUCCAGAUGUUGCUGGCCUGGCACCAAUCAUACAGUGGGUAAGAGCAUAUGGAGUACCACUGCCCAUGACUCGGGUGGUGAUCAGCGGUGCAUCUGGAGAGAUCCUGACCGUGGAGAAUGCUUUGCCUUCUGAUGCUGGACAAUAUGUGUGUACGGUGCAAACGAUGGACAACAACUUCAACGCUGGAUCAGCAAUGGUUGUAUAUGUUGAUGACUCAGCAACAACAAGACCAAUUCCAGUUAGUCCAGGUGUAGAAGUGAGCACACAACAACCAGGAUCAACACCAGCAGUUGAUGAUGGAAGAACAACGAGACCAAUUGCAGGUAGUUCAGCCCCAAGGAUUACCACAGAAGAAGAUGUAUCUACAACAGUGCCACCCACGCGAGCAGGAUUCUUCGCCACAGUAUCUCCAUCUAGAGUGGAGUUUGACUCUAGCACCAACAAUUUAGUGCUCAGAUGCAGUCACAAUGAUCCAAAUGCAUUAUUCGUGACUUAUCGCUGGUCUCUUUCGGAUGGCAGAGAUCUUCCUUUGGGUAGAUUUGAGAUUGGUGGCUUGAAUGGAGAAGUACUGACAAUCCAGGAACCAAUUGCAUCAGAUGCAGGCAACUAUGUAUGCAGUGUGGAUAGUGGUGGAUCCACUGAAAUUGAACCGGGAUCUGCAGAAGUGGUGUUCAGUGUAGUUACAGCCGCAACACAAGUAGAUCCAGCACGCACUACAGCACCUCAACCAUCAACAGCACAGCCAAUCAAUGCCACUACAACAACAACAACAACAACUGAAGAACCAGUAGUUGCAGUCUACAUUGCUAGCAUAUCUCCAUCCUCGGCGAUGGCCAAUGCCAGUACAGAGAGCAUUGUGUUGACGUGCAGUCACGAUGCGCCGAACAUCACCUACCCGUUCUACACAUGGAGGCGGCAGGACGGCACACCGCUUGACGAGCGACGUCACCAAGUAAUGGGUCACGACGGCGAGAUCCUGCGCAUCCAGACUCCUGAACCAUCAGACAGUGGAGAAUACGUGUGCGAAGUCAAAGCACCGGAUGUGAUGUUUUACAGUGGAACUGCCCAGGUUCAGUUCAUCGGUCCAGCACGCACUACUAUGCCACCAACAGCGACAACACAGCCCGCUAUUGUCACGACCACAGCUGAUAUGCCAGAUACAACCAGUAUGGUGGUUACGACACAGGAGCCAACAACACCUACAGAAGUGGUGACCACUGAGCAGCUGAUCACCACUGUUUACCAAGAAUUCAACGCAGUCGUGUCACCAAGCCGCGUAGUGGUCAAUGCGAGCGUUCCAGCGCUCGUACUCACGUGUGCUCACGACAAGCCCAAUGUUACGCUUGCUGUGUAUACAUGGCGCCGAGCUGACGGCCAGCUGCCAACACAGCGGGUGAUGAUAAGCGAUCAGUUCGGUGACAUGCUCACCAUUUUCAGGCCUGAGCCAUCCGAUGCCGGCGUCUACACUUGCGAAGUGAGCGACCCAGAUGGAAAUAUUCUGCCGGGUUUGGCUACCAUCGUCUACGAGGGUCCACCUCGUACAAUGCCAACAACCGUACCAAUAAUAACAACUGCACCAGUUUCUGUUAUAACCAGUGAGAAAGGAUUUUUCGCCACAGUAUCUCCGUCAAGAGUAGAGUUUGACUCUAGCACCAACAACUUUGUGCUGAGAUGCAGUCACAAUGAUCCAAAUGCAUUAUUCGAGACUUAUCGCUGGUCUCUUGUGGAUGGCAGAGAUCUUCCUUUGGGUCGAUUUGAGAUCGGUGGCUUGAAUGGAGAAGUACUGACAAUCCAGGAACCAAUUGCAUCAGAUGCAGGCAACUAUGUAUGCAGUGUAGCUAGUGGUGGAUCCACUGAAAUUGGACCGGGAUCUGCAGAAGUGGUGUUCAGUGUAGUUACAACCACAACACAAGGGAUCACUUCUGAUUCAUUGACUACGGCAUCUGGUGACAUGAUGGUCACUGAUUUGGGCGGCAGUGGCACCAGCGACUCCCCGUGCGGAACAGUGGACGCACCUGUGUGGCCAGAUAAUGCAAUACGCUUUGUUGAUGAGUCACUGGGCAUGUACCAAGUGCCAUCAUAUCUGAACUUUGUGCAAGGAGUGAGCUUCUUCAGCGUGGAGCUCUUUGUGGACAAUGUCUGGGGACCAGUGGGACAGAUUGCUGUGGGUAACAGUACAAAGGAGGUUGUCAUACCACGACUUGAUGCGGGAACACAAGCGGCACUGAGAAUUCGCUAUUACGGUGAUGCAGACAACUGCAUUGUGUCUGAAUGGAGUGAAGCAUUGAGUUUCACAGUUCCAUCGCAAGCUGUAACAACUGACUUACCAACAACGAGCAAUGUCAUUGGUACUGAUGCCAUGGAUGGAACAACUGCCCCAAUCAUAGGGUCCGGAACAGCACCCGAUACAUCAACGGCAGCAACGCCAACUACUCCUCAAGCCCUUGUCACAACUAAAGGGUAUAGUGUGAGUGUUUCCCCUGAGAGAGUACUGAUGAACAGCUCUACGUACAGCUUCCAGUUAACAUGUAGUCAUGACUAUCCAGAUGUUGCUGGCCUGGCACCAAUCAUACAGUGGGUAAGAGCAUAUGGAGUACCACUGCCCAUGACUCGGGUGGUGAUCAGCGGUGCAUCUGGAGAGAUCCUGACCGUGGAGAAUGCUUUGCCUUCUGAUGCUGGACAAUAUUUUUGUAUGGUGCAAAGGAUGGACAACAACGUCGACUCUGGAUCAGCAAUGGUUGUAUAUGUUGAUGACUCAGCAACAACAAGACCAAUUCCAGUUAGUCCAGGUGGAGAAGUAAGCACACAACAACCUAGAUCAACACCAGCAGUUGAUGAUGGAAGAACAACGAGACCAAUUGCAGCUAGUUCAGGUCCAGGGACAACAAUGCCUCCAACACCAGCAGGAUCCUUCGCCACAGUAUCUCCUUCAAGAGUGGAGUUGGACUCUAGCACCAACAAUUUUGUGCUCAGAUGCAGUCACAAUGAUCCCAAUGCGUUAUUCGUGAUUUAUCGCUGGUCUCUUUCGGAUGGCAGAGAUCUUCCUUUGGGUCGAUUUGAGAUCGGUGGCUUGAAUGGAGAAGUACUGACAAUCCAGGAACCAAUUGCAUCAGAUGCAGGCAACUAUGUAUGCAGUGUAGCUAGUUUUGGAUCCACUGAAAUUAGACCGGGAUCUGCAGAAGUGGUAUUCAGUGUGGUUACAACCACAACACAAGCAACGGCAGCAACGCCAACUACUCCUCAAGUUCUUGUCACAACUAAAGGGUAUAGUGUGAGUGUUUCCCCUGAGAGAGUACUGAUGAACAGCUCUACGUACAGCUUCCAGUUAACAUGUAGUCAUGACUAUCCAGAUGUUGCUGGCCUGGCACCAAUCAUACAGUGGGUAAGAGCAUAUGGAGUACCACUGCCCAUGACUCGGGUGGUGAUCAGCGGUGCAUCUGGAGAGAUCCUGACCGUGGAGAAUGCUUUGCCUUCUGAUGCUGGACAAUAUGUGUGUACGGUGCAAACGAUGGACAACAACUUCAACGCUGGAUCAGCAAUGGUUGUAUAUGUUGAUGACUCAGCAACAACAAGACCAAUUCCAGUUAGUCCAGGUGUAGAAGUGAGCACACAACAACCAGGAUCAACACCAGCAGUUGAUGAUGGAAGAACAACGAGACCAAUUGCAGGUAGUUCAGGUCCAGAGAUUACCACAGAAGAAGGUGUAUCGACAACAAUGCCACCAACACCAGCAGGAUUCUUCGCCACAGUAUCUCCGUCAAGAGUAGAGUUUGAUUCUAGUACCAACAAUGUUGUGCUCAGAUGCAGUCACAAUAAUCCGAAUGCGCUAUUCGUGACUUAUCGCUGGUCUCUUUCGGAUGGCAGAGAUCUUCCUUUGGGUAGAUUUGAGAUCGGUGGCUUGAAUGGAGAAGUACUGACUAUCCAGGAACCAAUUGCAUCAGAUGCAGGCAACUAUGUAUGCAGUGUAGAUAUUGGUGGAUCCACUGAAAUUGGACCGGGAUCUGCAGAAGUGGUAUUCAGUGUAGUUACUACCACAGCACAAGGGAUCACUUCUGAUUCACUGACUACGGCAUCUGGUGACAUGAUGGUCACUGAUUUGGGCGGCAGUGGCACCACGGACUCCACAUGCAGAACAGUGGACGCACCUGUGUGGCCAGAUAACGCAAUACGCUUUGUUGAUGAGUCACUGGGCAUGUACCAAGUGCCAUCAUAUCCGAACUUUGUGGAAGGAGUGAGCUUCUUCAGCGUGGAGCUCUUUGUGGACAAUGCCUGGGGACCAGUGGGACAGAUUGCUGUGGGUAACAGUACAAAGGAGGUUGUGAUACCACGACUUGGUGCGGGAACACAAGCAGCACUGAGAAUUCGCUAUCACGGUGAUGCAGACAACUGCAUUGUGUCCGAAUGGAGUGAAGCAUUGAGUUUCACAGUUCCAUUGCAAGUUGUAACAACUGACAUGCCAACACCGAGCAAUGUCACUGGUACUGAUGCCAUGGAUGGAACAACUGUCCCAAUCAUAGGGUCCGGAACAGCACCCGAUACAUCAACGGCAGCAACACCAACUACUCCUCAAGUUCUUGUAACAACUAAAGGAUAUAGUGUGAGUGUUUCCCCUGAGAGAGUACUGAUGAACAGCUCUACGUACAGCUUCCAGUUAACAUGUAGUCAUGACUAUCCAGAUGUUGCUGGCCUGGCACCAAUCAUACAGUGGGUAAGAGCAUAUGGAGUACCACUGCCCAUGACUCGGGUGGUGAUCAGCGGUGCAUCUGGAGAGAUCCUGACCGUGGAGAAUGCUUUGCCUUCUGAUGCUGGACAAUAUUCGUGUACGGUGCAAACAAUGGACAACAACGUCGAUUCUGGAUCAGCAAUGGUUGUAUAUGUUGAUGACUCAGCAACAACAAGACCAAUUCCAGUUAGUCCAGGUGGAGAAGUGAGCACACAACAACCUGGAUCGACACCAGCGGUUGAUGAUGGAAGAACAACAAGACCAAUUGUAGGUAGUUCAGGUCCAGAGACAACAAUGCCACCAACACCAGCAGGAUCCUUCGCCACAGUAUCUCCAUCAAGAGUGGAGUUGGACUCUAGCACCAACAAUUUUGUGCUCAGAUGCAGUCACAAUGAUCCCAAUGCGUUAUUCGUGAUUUAUCGCUGGUCUCUUUUGGAUGGCAGAGAUCUUCCUUUGGGUAGAUUUGAGAUCGGUGGCUUGAAUGGAGAAGUACUGACAAUCCAGGAACCAAUUGCAUCAGAUGCAGGCAACUAUGUAUGCAGUGUAGCUAGUUUUGGAUCCACUGAAAUUAGACCGGGAUCUGCAGAAGUGGUAUUCAGUGUGGUUACAACCACAACACAAGGUCCGACUCCAUCCACUGAACCUGCAAGCGUCACUACUAGCAAUGUUACUCAGACUGCAACAGCACCGGGCAACUGUCGAACACUGCCUGCUCCUGUUUGGAAUGAACAGGAUAUUGUUGAAGUUGGGGCUACAUAUGUGGAGGUUAUUUUCCCGACGUACGCCGGCUAUACUCCUAGUGUUGGCGUGUUUGAGCUGGAGAGCUAUGAGGACGGCGAAUGGCAGAGUGAAGGUACGGUGCCUGUGGCUGACACAGCACUAACGGCUGAACUAUCACCUCUAGCACCCGACACAGAGCUGCGCCUCCGUCUCCGCUACAUCGAUGACUCUGAAAGAUGCAAUGUGUCGGAGUUCAGUGAUGUUCUAGAAAUCCGAACCCUCCCCACCACCAGCACCGGUACCCUGACUCCGGGAGUCACCAGUGCCCCAACUGCUACAACUCGGGUGACAAUCACCGGCACCGCUAUCAGGAACACGACAGAACCCAGCACUGGUGGAACAACACCAUCGACAGGCUGUAGCGCUGAUCUAGAUGCUCCAAGAUGGAGCCAGGAUAGCAUCACGGAGCUGAGUGACACGUAUGCAGAUGUCCUGUUCAGUACCUAUCCGGAAUACACGCCAGGUGUCAGCUUUUACCAAGUGGAAUACCUUACAGGCGACGGCUCUUGGAACGUGACUGGAACUGUACCUGUCGACGCUUUGGCACUGACCGUUCGUCUGCAACCGCUGGAGCCCAACAGGGCAUACAGUCUGCGUAUCCGGUACCACCAGGACGCGGACAACUGCCGAGUUUCUCGCUACAGCGACGUUUUGACAUUCACAACGCUGUCUUCCGGUACAACGAGUACUACACAGCCAUUGACAACUCAGCCAGGCGAUGUCACCAGCACAAAUGCUAUAGCCGACACAACCAGUUCUGUUGCUACAGAUCUGGAACCAGUGGCUGAAGUCUACUUUGCCAGUGUAUCUCCAACAAGGGUGAUAGCCGAUGCAAGUACAGACCAGAUUGUCUUGACAUGUAGUCACGAUGCACCAAGUAACAUUAAUCCCACGUACACAUGGACUAGGCAAGAUGGUACACCACUGGAUGUGGUGCGUCAUGUUAUUGAAGGUGACAGUGGUGAAAUACUGCGCAUUCAAGAUCCCGAACUAUCAGACAGUGGACAGUAUGUGUGUGAAGUGGAGGCACCUGGUUCCAUGUUCUAUCCUGGAAUAGCUGGAGUUGAGUUUGUGGAUUCACCUGGUACGAUGCCGACAACCGGGCCAGUGAUGACAACUCCAUCGGGCACCGCUGUAACUACUGACAAAGAUAUGAAGCCAUUGGUUGAAGUCCUGUCCGACACAGGAACACCCGGACUAAGUCAAGUGCUGGUCAAUAUUCCAGAGCUGAAUGAAACAAUGAAAGGCACGGGUCCUGUUGUGGUAGAAUACCGUCCCAGCGGCGAGGAAGACUGGGUUAGAGUACCUGUACCUACUGGAUCUUCUCAGAUUGUCCUUCCAGAGCUACUGGCCGAUGGGACGUAUGAUAUUCGUGUUGUACUGGAACCAACGGAUACCACUGUAGAUGAUAUUGUUGUGGAGCCAGAGCAAGAAUUUAUUGUUGAUGCUUCCGUUGAUGAUGGAACAACAACGAGACCAAUUGAAGGAAGUUCAGCACCAGGGAUUACCACAGACGGAGGUGUAUUCACAACAAUGCCACCAACACGAGCAGGCUUUUUCGCCACGGUGUCCCCGUCAAGAGUGGAGUUUGAUUCUAACACCAACAAUGUUGUGCUAAGAUGCAGUCACAAUGAUCUAAAUGCGUUAUUCGUGACUUAUCGCUGGACUCUUGCGGAUGGCAGAGAUCUUCCUUUGGGUAGAUUUGAGAUCGGUGGCUUUAGUGGAGAAGUACUGACUAUCCAGGAACCAAUUGCAUCAGAUGCAGGCAACUAUGUAUGCAGUGUAGAUAGUGGUGGAUCCACUGAAAUUGGACCGGGAUCUGCAGAAGUGGUGUUCAGUGCAGUAGCAACCACAACACGAGCAGCAUCACCUGGUACAAUGCCAACAACCAUGUCAGUGAUGACAACUCCAUCAGACACUGUUGUUACUAGUCAGACAGAUACGAAGCCAUUGGUUGAAGUCCUGUCCGACACAGCAACACCUGGACUAAGUCAAGUGCUGGUUAAUAUUCCAGAGCUGAAUGAAACAAUGAAAGACACGGGUCCUGUUGUGGUAGAAUACCGUCCCAGUGGCGAGGAAGAUUGGAUCAGAGUACCUGUACCUACUGGAUCUUCUCAGAUUGUCCUUCCAGAGCUACUGGCCGAUGGGACGUAUGAUAUUCGUGUUGUGCUGGAACCAACGGAUGCCACUGUAGAUGAUAUUGUUGUGGAGCCGGAGCAAGAAUUUAUUGUUGAUGCUUCUGUUGAUGAUGGAAGAACAACGAGACCAAUUGCAGGUAGUUCAGCCCCAAGGAUUACCACAGAAGAACGUGUAUAUACAACAGUGCCACCCACGCGAGCAGGCUUUUUUGCCACGGUGUCCCCUUCAAGAGUGGAGUUUGAUUCUAACACCAACAAUUUUGUGCUCAGAUGCAGUCACAAUGAUCCCAAUGCGUUAUUCGUGACUUAUCGCUGGACUCUUGCGGAUGGCGGAGAUCUUCCUUUGGGUAGAUUUGAGAUCGGUGGCUUUAGUGGAGAAGUACUAACUAUCCAGGAACCAAUUGCAUCAGAUGCAGGCAACUAUGUAUGCAGUGUAGAUAGUGGUGGAUCCACUGAAAUUGGACCGGGAUCUGCAGAAGUGGUAUUCAGUGCAGUGGCAACCACAACACGAGGAGGAUCAACCGGUACAAUGGCAACCACCAUGUCAGUGAUGACAACUCCAUCAGACGCUGUUCUUACUAGUCAGACAGAUGAGAAGCCAUUGGUCGAAGUCCUGUCGGAAACAGCAACACCCGGACUAAGUCAAGUGCUGGUCAAUAUUCCAGAGCUGAAUGAAACAAUGAAAGACACGGGUCCUGUUGUGGUAGAAUACCGUCCCAGUGGCGAGGAAGACUGGGUCAGAGUACCUGUACCUACUGGAUCUUCUCAGAUUGUCCUUCCAGAGCUACUGGCGGAUGGGACGUAUGAUAUUCGUGUUCUGCUGGAACCAACGGAUACCACUGUAGAUGAUAUUGUUGUGGAACCGGAGCAAGAAUUUGUGAUUGAUGCUACCGAUCCAGCACGCACUACAGCACCUCAACCAUCAACAACACAGCCAAUCAAUGCCACUACAACAACAACAACAACAACAACAACAACUGAAGAACCAGUAGUUGCAGUCUACAUUGCUAGCAUAUCUCCAUCCUCGGCGAUGGCCAAUGCCAGUACAGACAGCAUUGUGUUGACGUGCAGUCACGAUGCACCUAACAUCACCUACCCACUCUACACAUGGAGGCGGCAGGACGGCACACCGCUUGAUGAGCGACGUCACCAAGUAAUGGGUCAUGACGGCGAGAUCCUGCGCAUCCAGACUCCUGAACCAUCGGACAGUGGAGAAUACGUGUGCGAAGUCGAAGCACCAGAUGUGAUGUUUUACAGUGGAACUGCCCAGGUUCAGUUUGUCGGUCCAGCACGCACUACUAUGCCACCAACGGCAACAACACAGCCCGCUAUUGUCACGACCACAGCUGAUAUGCCAGAUACAACCAGUAUGGUGGUUACGACACAGGAGCCAACAACACCUACAGAAGUGGUGACCACUGAGCAGCUGCCCACCACUGUUUAUCAAGAAUUCAACGCGGUCGUAUCACCGAGCCGCGUAGUGGUCAAUGCGAGCGUUCCAGCGCUUGUACUCACGUGUGCUCACGACAAGCCCAAUGUCACUCUUGCUUUGUAUAAAUGGCGCCGAGCUGACGGCCAGUUGCCAACGCAGCGCGUGAUGAUAAGCGACCAGUUCGGUGACAUGCUCACCAUUUUCAGGCCUGAGUCAUCCGACGCCGGUGUCUACACUUGCGAAGUGAGCGACCCAGAUGGCAAUAUUCUGCCUGGUUCCGCUACCGUCGUCUACGAGGGUCCACCUCGUACAAUGCCAACAACCGUACCGAUAAUGACAACUGCACCAGUUUCUGUUAUAACCAGUGAGAAAGAUGAGAAGCCAUUGGUUGAAGUCAACACAACCACAACAACACCCGGUCGAAGUCAAGUGCUGGUCAAUAUUCCAGAGCUGAAUGAAACAAUGAAGGACAUUGGCCCUGUUGUUGUAGAAUACCGUCCCAGUGGUGAAGUAGACUGGGUUAGAGCACCUGUACCUACUGGAUCUUCUCAGAUUGUACUUCCAGAGCUAUUGGUAGCCGGAACCUACGACAUUCGUGUUGUGGUGGAACCAAUGGAUACCACCGUAGAUGAUGUUGUUGUGGAGCCGGAGCAAGAAUUUGAGCUUGAUGGUCCUGGGCUUUCUUGGCCAAGCACGCCUGUAGUGUGUCAGUCCGAGGAUUCGGCCACUAUCAGCGCACCACUUGAUGCUGCCAACUACACCGUUGACUAUCGUAUCGUUGACAGAGCGUCCGGCGAGUUGAGUGAGAAGAUAAAACUGUCCAGCAUUGCUCUGUCGGAUCCAACGUUCACCAUCCCAGGUCUCAGCAAUGCCUCUGCUGUAGUUGUAGUGGCUAGUACGGGUGAUGGCCUUGCAACUGAGCCACUGCGUGUCCCUCUACCAGGUGACAUUUUGUGGGACACGGAUGCUGUAAGCGCGGAGACUGUCUCUCCGACGGCAGUGCACAUCACGCUGCCGGCACAGACUGCCGCAAGCCGAAGACUAGUGUACCGUGCGCAGUUGAUGAACCAGCUGUGGUCUGCUUGGAGGGCAGGACCGCGGCUGACGAACACGGCGAUGCUAGAGGCUAACCUGCGCCAUCUCAAGCCAGGCACCAACUACCAAGUGCGGGUUGACUACAUGUCGGCUUCUGGCGAGAGCAGGUCAACAAACAUACUGGAGUUCAGUACUCCGUAUACAGGCACACCAGCAUGGCCCAGAUCAGCUGUUGUGACCGCAGCUCCGACCUAUGUCAUUCUGAACUUGCCGAGGGGCAGACAUCACGGCCGCCAACAUCAGCGGCAGGUGGAGCUAAGCCAGCGCUCGCAGAGCCCAUCCGGCAGCUGGAGUGAUUGGAGCAUUGUGUCGACGAGCGAUGCCGCGCAGACCACUGUCUCCCCGCUGAUGCCCGACAGGCAGUAUGAGUUCCGGAUGCGGAUUGCCAAGCCGGGCUCCCGUCAACCAAGCGCUUACAGCAGAGUGAUAAGUGUGCACACUCCAUCAUCAGGCACUCUGGCAUGGCCAGCAAGUGGAUGUACCAGGUCAUCCCAGGCCACGCUGUCCACCGUCACACUGCGCUCGCCAGGAUCCAGCACGUCUGGUACAUACACCAUUGCCUACAGGGAGAAAGGAUCUGGCCAGUCAUGUGUGCCUGCCGGACAGCCGUGGACAAUGUACCCGAGUCGUCUCUCUGGCCAUUCCAAUGACGAGAUCAUCGUUGGCUACCUACAGCCCGACACAGAGUAUGAGAUUCUGAUAAUGAGUGAGGAUCGGAACGAUGACCUGACACCGGUAUGCACUGCAAAAACCGCUGCCAGAGGUUCGCCACUCUGGCCCGAGUACGCUGUUGAGGAGAGUGGCACCACGUCAAUGUCCCUGAUGAUCAACUUGCCUGAGGAGGACAGGCAGCCGGCUGCGGUGGCUGAUCACUUUGUGCUGUGGUUCAGACCGCAAGAGCCGACCGGCUGGUGGAGCGAGCACUGGACGGAGGUGUUCCGGCGCCUGCCCUACGCCUCGCCCGCAGAGACGACGUACCGGCUGAAUGGCCUCACGCCUAACACACGCUAUCAACUACGACUGCAACCUGUGGUCGGUGGUGUUGCAGGUCCUUUCAGCCCGGUGGCAGUGGUUCAAACUCUUUCUUAUGAAUGCAGCACGAAUGAGAGCUACUCGAGAUGUGCGUCGUCGUGUCCGCUCACCUGCAAUGCACUGCUAUCAACGGCACGCAAUGCCGCACAGCAAUGCUGCUACUGUGUGCCAGGAUGCCAGUGUCAACCAGGAUUUGUACGCAGUGGAAACGCCUGCAUUGAAAUAAGCGAGUGUCCGAAUCUCACCCCGUCAAACGUCUUCCAAGCGCUCAGCAACGCCGUCAAUCUGUUCUCGGUAGCUGAAACUCGGCAGCAGUACUCCAACCAUCUGUCUGGAUCAACUUGCCCAGCUCUGCCCGACUCGAACACGGCAAACGUCAGCUGAUCCCGAAGAGUCACAGAACAACUGAUCCGGCAGAUAUAGCUACAAGCAUACACAUUGAGACACCACCAUGCAUUCUGUUCUGUUUUUUCUCUCUCAAAGACUAGCAAUGUGUGUACACAGAUCACACCGCCACAGAGCAAUGAAUAACUUGCUGUAGGAUUCUUCGAACAGCCAAGCACUCUGCUAGUUUGUUACAAUUUCCUGUAGGGAUUAGAGAAUGUUUGUUGCCCUGCGUACCCUGAUCGCUAUAAUAAUAUAUCAAUACGCUUCCUGGUGAAGAUUAGGAACAUUAUUCAAUGUCACAUUAGGAGACUUCUAGUGCUCAUUUCUCAGAAAAGACAAUUUACGAGCAAUAGAAUGCUGUCAUUGCGCUAGAGUACUACUAGGAUUAGCAGUUUGUAUUUACUAGCACUUUCUUCUUAGCAUCUGUAGCAUGGUAAAUAGCCACAUACCGAAAUGUGUUGUCUACUUUUAAAACUGCAAGACAAGAUACCAUUCAUUCACA